GCGCGCGCAUGAUUCAGUCAUCUUGAGGUAAAAUGGCGUCGGGUGCCAUUUCAACGGAGGCUAAGAAGAUAUCAGAAUUAAGAGUUGUCGACCUUAAGUCCGAGCUCAAACGAAGGAAUUUGGACACUUCUGGUGUAAAGAGCGUCCUGCUUACAAGACUCAGACAGGCUGUUGAAGAUGAAGGUGGUGAUCCAGAAAACAUUCAAAUCCCACUUUCUACUGACACGUCAACUCGGAAAGGCGGAAAAGCAAAAGGCGGGAAGAAAGUAGAUUCAGAUGUGGACACCACAGCAGAAGAAGAUGGCUUUUCUAAGGAAACUGAGGAGUAUGAAUCAGAAAAGGAUGUAACUGAUACAGAUGAUGGUACUCGUGAAAAUUCUAAGCCUGCACCCUGUGAAGACAGCCUUGCUCACUCUGAGGCUGAGGCCGAACCAGAGUCAGAAGCUUUGGCUGAUUCAGAGCCUGAGCCAGAGGUGGAUGCCGAGGUGGAUGCCGAGGCCGAGCCAGAGGGCGAUGCAGAGCCGGAGGUAGAUGAGGAUGCUGAGCCAGAGAUGGAGACCGAACUGGCUGAGAUGGAUGCUGAAGCCAUGAAUUCCUCUAAAGAAGCUGAGGACGAUCACCUAUCCUUCUCAAUCCCAAAUGAAGAUGCUAUCACCCUAGAUGUUGAUGGUGACGAUCUCCUGGAAACAGGUAAACAUGUGAAACUUCCAGAUCCAGAGGCAGAGAAGGGCACUGAUGAACCAGAGGCCUCUGCUGAGAUGGGCCCAGAUGAUGACAUGAAGGCAGAAGAGAUUGAGGGCCACAAAGAUGGUAAGAAAGACGAUGGAUCCCGAGGUGAGCCCAUGAAGAAAGACGGCAGAGACGCCUUGAAGAAAGCUGAAACCGGAGAUAAAGAAAAGGAUUCUGGGAAGAAAGGCCCCUCCACUACUGGGGCAUCAGGUCAAGCAAAGAGCUCUUCAAGAGACAGAGAUGGAAAAGCUGCAAAAGACGAAAAGGGAGCUCCAGGCGGCGGCAGCAACAGCAGCUCUUCUCGUAACAUAUGGGUGAGCGGCCUGUCUUCAAACACCAAAGCAGCGGAUCUAAAGAACUUAUUUGGCAAAUAUGGGAAGGUUUUAAGCGCCAAGGUGGUUACAAAUGCUCGUAGUCCUGGUUCAAAAUGUUACGGCUUGGUGACCAUGUCCUCCAGUACAGAAGUGACUCGGUGCAUCUCCCACCUUGACUGCACAGAGCUUCAUGGACAGCAGAUAUAUGUUGAAAGGGCCAAAAAUGAUCCCUUCAAAAAGGAACCAUCAAAGAAAGAAGUAGAGGACAAAGCAGGUUCUAGCAAAUCAAUUGACAAGCGCAGUUCCACAGGGAUAAAAAUGACUAUCAAAGCACAACCCACCUACAAAAAGGAAGACAAAAAAUUUGAUAAAAAUUCUGAAAAAGACAAAGAUUUGUCCAAGAAACAGGAGCCCAAAACUGGAAAAUCAGAGUCCGUUUCAUCUAACUCAGGACAAGAUUCUUCCAAGAAAGAUGACAGAAAGCAUGGACGGGCAAAGAGCCCAGGCAAGAUGAUGAUGAUACCUGAUCACACCAAAGUAGAUCCUAAUUUUGGCAAAAUGAGACCUUUCAGAAGAGGAAGAUAUUUUGAAAAACCAUUUGUCAACCCGAAUAUUCAAAGGCGACCAAAAUGGUUGAUUCCUCCUGAAGAGUUGGAGAUGAUGAAACACAAACAGCGACCUUUCACUAACAAAGGGGAAGACAGAGACAUCUUGCCUUUUGACAAGAUGAAGGAACAGAAGGAGCAGAGAAUGCGUGAACGGAUGAUUCGUUUGGAGCGUGUCCGUAGAGCUGUAGAGUUACGCAGGCGGCGUGAAAUUGCAGAGCAAGAGCGUCGUGAGCGUGAGCGUGUGCGUCUUUUGCGGGAGCGUGAAGAACGGGAGAACCUGCUCAGGGAGCGCCAGAGGCUGGAGAUGGAAAGACAAAAACUGGAAAGAGAGCGUUUGGAGAGGGAAAGGCUUGAAAGAGAAAGAAUCCGCAUAGAGCAGGAAAGGCGUAAAGAGGCAGAGCGGAUGGCACGUGAACGCGAGGAGCUGCGUAGGCAGCAGGAGCAGCUCCGUUAUGAGCAAGAAAAGAGAAACAACCUCAAGAGAGGCCGUGAAGUGGAACAUGGUCGCAGAGAUGAUCCUUAUUGGAAUGGAAACAAAAAGAUGCAGUCGGAGCCUGAGGUGCGUCUGAACCAAGGCUCCAACUACAAUCGGCAGCAGAACCGUUUCUCAAACUUCACUCCCCGAGAGAGGGGUCGUUUUCCAGAGGCUGCUGCUGAACAGCCCAACACUUACGACAGACGUAACAGGUUUGACGGUGAACCAGAUGUGAAGAAGAGUCGGCCGGCUCCUCACAGAGACGGCUCUGGCUUCGAUCGCUACCCCAAGAAUUUUGAAACAGUCCGCAGAGUGGAGCCACCUCCUCCUCCUCCACGUGCUGACCUCCGGGACUCCGACCGCAGAGACAGGGAUGAGAGACGCCCUCCACCAAUGCAUGAUCGUCCCGUAGGAGCAAGAGCUGCGAUGCCGGGCAUGUCUCACACCCGCUCACCGAGAGAUGGAGCGCAUGGAUGGAAGAAUGAUGGCGGGAUGAACUCCAACAAGGGAGACAUGAGAAGUCCGAUGCGCAUGCGUGCAGAGCGAUCAGGCAGAGAUGGUCCUGGUCCUGCACUCAGAGGGGGCCCAUCAGUCAGCCGUGGAAGGAGCAGCUUCAAUGAUCAAGAUAAUGGAAGACCCAUGGUGAUGAGUGAUCAGCCCUUCGGCUCUGGCCGCCAGGUCGUGGUGGAGCGUCACAGCAGGGAACAGGGACUGAGGAAGGAGUGGCACGGUGGAUCGAGCACCCAAGGCGGGGGCUUCCCUGAUAAUCGCAGAAUGGGAGACACUCGGGGCAGCAUGAUGGCUCCUUCCAGCCACUCUUCGUCUGGAAUGAACCGAAUUGUGCAGAUCACCAGCAACGCCAUUCCCAGCGGUGGCACCGUGGGUGGAUUCAAGCCCUUUAAAGGAACGCCGCGGCAGUUCUAACUGCAACCAAAUUCUGCCACUUUAAAGCACCUGAAAAGCUGAAGACUUUUUCUGAACUCUUUAUUUUUAGAAUAUCAACUGUUUUUGGUGGCACAUUUGCGGCCAUGAGGUUGAUGACACUAUUUUAUUUUGUAUAGACAAGUGUUUACCUCAGUGUAGGGUUUUCCUGACAGUUCUGCUGUUACCGUUCAACAACCCUGUGCACAAGUUUUAAUAUUUAGCGAGAUACUGUACAGCCCUAGGUCUUUGUAACAAGUUUUGAAUUAUGCUACGAGUUCUCUUACUGAGUGUUGUAUGUACAUUUUCAAUAGCUUAGUGUCAGUUUUCCUGUGAAUGAUGUCUUAUUUUAGUGUAUUAUAAGUGACAGGGUGAACUAACUCAUUUGAACAUUUCUCAGAGGAAACCAAUGACAUUUUUCCAACAGUCAUACUUGGUGUGGAUGUCCUGUUUUGUAAAGAGUAGUCGGAUUUACUAAACCAACACUGAACUGUAAAAUAGCCUGAAUUGUAGCAAAAACCUCUUAUAGGCCAUGAGUUGAAUUACAUGCGGGUCUGUCUAAAAUAUAAAUGGACUUUGGCUUCUGUUACUGCAGAGUGGCUGAAAGGACCAUAACACAUUAUUUUAUAUUUGCUUACUGUUCAAGGCAUCUGGGUAUUUUACUCAAAGUUAAAUAUGGUUCUAAAACUGGUAGUUUGGGUGCAUCAGUCAGUUCUGAGCUUAGAGGGAUUUUUGCAUAUUGUUUGGGGAACCUUACAUGCAUCCUGUGAUAUUAGCAGGAAGUACUUUAUUGUAGCAUGUAGAAGGUUGAAAUUAGAAAACAUGUGGUGUGCACUAUAUGAAAUGUGCUCUUUAAAAGGUCAAUAUUCUAAGCAUUGUGUCAGCUGUGACUAAACCAAUACCUCAUUAGGAGGUACCUUUAUUGUUCAGUCAGUCAGUGCUAUUUAUUUUUUCCUUUCAUUUAGGAACCUGUCAAGCUUCUUGAUCCUUCCACAGUUGGACUAAUGCUACACAUCCAGGACUGAAAUGCAUGUACUUAAACUCACAUCACACCUUCUUCAUCUACACACCUGUUGUAAUUGGUUGAUGACGCUUCAUUAAAUUACAAAAAAUUGAGAAGCAGAA